UGAAAGUACCCCACACGUGCAAAAUCUCCUUUGACUGAGCUUUGCGCACAGUGGCUUUGCUCGGAUAUUUUGUUUUGAGUAUCACAUAAUGUACUCAAGUGGUUAUGUGAACUGUACCUAGUGACAAACGACGAUGUAAAUGAUGACAUCAAAGGGAAUCAAGAAACCGGAUAAAGCAGGAGAACAUCUCCGGCCUUAUAAAUUGUCUCACCAGGUCGUCUGCAUCACAGGAAUAAAUUUUCAAAGACAAUCACUAAUUGGUUAUGCAGAAUUAAGCAUUAAUCCCUUGAGGAGUGACUUACGGAAGAUCAAGAUAAACAGCAAACAGUGUCGUAUAUACCGGAUCUGUAUUAAUGACUCGCUGGAGUGUCAGUUCACCUACAGUGACCCUUCCUUGGAGGUGUGUCAGGGAGACUCCAAACAGAGGAACUUGGAUUAUUUUACAAGCAGCCAUCAGAGUGCUGUCAGUUCAGUGGACACAGACCAGGGCAAUGGGGAGCUGACGAUAAAGGUGCCUCAUGAAGCUACAGACUUCAUAGCGGAGCUGAAGCCCUUCAGACUAAGUGUGGACUUCUCCCUGGAGAAACCCCAAGGAGGAAUCCAAUUUGUCGUUCCAGAAGGGGAAGGAACUCUGGCAGAUCGGGGCGCGCACAUGUUCACGUACGGCACUGCGAACUCGUCGCGGCUGUGGUUCCCCUGCGUCGACUCGUACAGCGAGACGUGCACGUGGAAGCUUGAGUUCACCGUCGACUCGACGAUGACUGCCGUCUCGUGCGGCGAUCUACUCGAGGUCGUCUACACGAGCGACCUUCGCAAGAAGACCUUUCACUACUUUGUCGGCGUGCCGACGAGCGCACCAAACAUAGCUCUGGCCGUCGGUCCGUUUGAGAUUCUCGUUGAUCCCAACAUGCACGAGGUGACGCACUUCUGCUUGCCUCAGCUCAUGCCAAUGCUCAAAUGUUCGACGGCGUUCCUGCACCAGGCGUUUGAGUUUUACGAGGAGCUGCUUUCGGCGCGAUACCCGUACUCCUGCUACAAGCAGGUGUUUGUCGAUGAGGCAUACAGAGAGGUUACUCCCUACGCAACCAUGUCGAUACUCAGCACCAACCUGCUGCACUCGAAGCAGAUCGUCGACCAGACGCCCGUCACUCGCCGGCUCAUGGCGUCGGCCGUCGCCUGCCAGUUCUUCGGCUGCUUCAUCGCGAUGCAGAGCUGGUCGGACGCGUGGCUGCCGGCGGGCAUCGCCGAGUACCUCACGUGGAGCUACGUGAAGAAGGCGUUCGGCAACAACGAGUACCGCUACUGGAUCUACAAGGACCAGCAGGAGGUGUGCUCGUUCGAGUCGACGUUCGGUCUCAUCACGCUCGACAGCUCGGCGGAGAAGGAGACCAGCGGCGACCUCUAUUUCUCGACGCGGCACCCGUUCACGACGCUCGAGCGCUACAAGAGCGCCUACAAGAAGAAGGCUCACCUCGUGAUGAGGAUGCUAGACCUGCGCGUCGGCCGCGAGCUGCUGCUACAGGUGUUCAACAAGUUGCUGUCGUUGGCGACGAUCGCCGCGCAGCAGAAGUUCCAGAACCAGGCAUGGCACAACCUGCUGCUCUCCACCAGCAGCUUUCUCAAGUCGAUCACGACGGUGACGGGUAAGGACAUCCAGCCGUUCCUCGACCAGUGGGUGACACAGGGCGGCUUCACAAAGUUUCACGGGUCGUUCGUGUUCAACCGCAAGCGCAACACCGUCGAGCUGGAGCUACGGCAGGAGCCGACGGCCAAGGGAGCUCGCAAGUAUAUGGGUCCGUUGACGGUGACGGUGCAGGAACUGGACGGUACGUUCCACCACAAGAUGCAAAUCGAGGAAAACUUGACCAAGCAUGACAUCAUCUGCCACUCGAAGAGCAGGAGGCACAAGAAGAAGAAGAUUCCGCUGUGCACGGGCGAGGAGGUGGACAUGGAUCUCAAUUUUAUGGAUCCCGACUCGCCGGUUCUGUGGAUUCGCAUUGACCCGGAGAUGUCUAUUCUGAGGCAGGCAACGUUUGAGCAGCCAGACUAUCAAUGGCAGUAUAUGCUGCGAUACGAACGGGACGUGACGGCGCAGACUGCUGCCAUCUAUAGCCUCGCACAGUACGCCACACCGCAGACCCGGUUAGCUCUCACCGACACGAUAGAGAAUGACCAGUGCUUCUAUAGGGUCAGGAUGGAGGCUGCUAUGUGCCUAGCUAAGGUGGCUAACGAGAUGGUAAGCACCUGGGCAGGGCCGCCAGCUAUGAUCACCAUCUUUCGCAAGAUGUUCGGAUCAAAUUCCUGUCCAAACAUCGUAAAGCAGAACAGCUUCCAGAACUUACAAGCCUACUAUCUACAAAAGACGAUUCCCGUCGCCAUGGCAACUCUGCGAAACAUACACAACCUGUGCCCACAGGAGGUGUUUAAGUUUCUGCUAGAUCUGUUUAAGUAUAAUGACAACAGCACGAACAAGUUUUCCGACAACUAUUACAGAUCCGCUCUCAUAUUGGCCCUGGCCAAUACAGUAACGCCUGCAGUGACCAUAGGUGCGCUCUCAGGGAGCAUGGUGACAGCAGACAUGUUGUCGAGCGACAUGAAGCUGCUACUCGAGGAGGUCACGCGCUACACGAACCUGGAGAAGCUGCUGCCAUGCUACCGGCUAGUCGUCACCGUCAACUGUCUCAAGUGCAUCCGUGUGCUGCAGAAGAACGGUCACCUGCCGAACGACCCGACGUUGUUCCGCAGCUACGCGAGCUACGGUCAGUACGUGGACGUGCGGCUGACCGCUCUGGACGCGCUCGUCGACUACACGCGUGUCGACGGCAACGCCGACGAGCUGUCCUGGCUGCUCGACAUCGUCGAGAAGGAUCCCGACCCUUACGUGAGACACGAGGUGCUACGCAUGCUGUGCGACAACCCUCCCUUCAGGAAGGCAGACAACAGUCCCCUCGCGUCGGCUAGUCUUGUCGAUAGAAUGUGGAAGCUGAUGAACUGUAAGACUUCCCAUGAUUCCCGGCUGCGCUGCGACCUCAUCGACCUCUAUCACGUAUUGUUCGGCCGAUCGAAGCCGGCACUGACGCACUCCGCAGACGCGCCGCUGACCCAGAAGGUCAUUGACACAGCCACAUCCCCUGGAGGCUGGGAGAGGGAAACGAAAGCGUUCUCCGCCGUGGGCGGAGGUGACCAUGGUUACUCCUACGCUGCCGUGCACGAAGCGAUGGACGUGGCGCAGGAGGACAGGUUCUCGCCGCAGCCCCCCGCGGCGCAGCCCGGCAGCCCCCUCAUGUCGGAGGAGAUGAUCGACAUAGAGGUCGGAGCGAUGGAGGUCGUCGUCGAGCCAGUGAAGGAGGAAGAACAGGCACAAUCACUGACGCGAAUAGACAUCUCCAUCGGGCACGAUACGCAUGGAUACACGGAUCACGGGGCAUCGAUAAGGGAGGAAGAGGAAAAGGAUAAACAUGCAGAGCAGGAAGGAGAAGGUCAGGUAUCUACCAUGGAUGCGCAGGAAGGAGGGAAAAUGCCCGAGAAGGGCAUUCCAGAGGACGACGAGGAUGGAGGGAGGUUUGACGAGGCCAGAUACGCAACUCCUGUGAAGGUGGUGGAUUCCGACUCGUCCAUUGAGGGAGACGGGCCGCCGCUGAAGGUGAAGACGACCGCCCGCAGCGUGCUGCCCUCUUCUUUCCUCAAGAUCGCCAUGGCUUCUAAGCAGCAGCCGAGCAAGGAUUCGGGAGAUUCGAGGCCACGCUUCGGCUCCGAGCGCAGGCACGAGGAUCCACACAAGUUCGACAUCUUUGACUUCGACUCGGACGAGGAGCAGCGUCCGAAGCCGGCGCUGUUCACCGCGUCUGCCGCGCCGCCCGUCGCCGCGGCGACGCCGUCCGAGGAGAAGCACAAGCACCACAAGGAGAAGAAGAAGAAGAAGAAAAAGAAGCACAAGCACAAGCACAAGCACGAACGGCACGAGAAGCACGGCAGCCGGCACGAGAAGCAGCAGAGUUCGGAGAGUUCCACCCACAACUCUCCGUUCACCGACUGACCAUGCCUCGGACACCGGAAAUCCGAAGAAAAAAAAUUUAUUUCGGAAAUACGUGGCAGUCGACGUGAGUCGGGAUGUAGUGAAGCGUUCGAGUACUAAUGCAAUAUUUUAUCCUUCUCACGUAGAAAAUGAGAUUACGAGGCGGGAUACCUUUUAAUUGUACGCAUCUUCGUUAUAUCAAAAGAAAAUGAAUUCGAAUUACUUUCACGAGUUCUCUUCUGAUAGUAUCAAGACCCUUCAACAAACGUUGUAGCCACUUUAUACCACAUAAACGUUAAUGGGCUAUUCACAUUAUAAAUAGAUUACCUCAUACAUGUGUAUACUAGGUACAUGAGAAGUGUGAAUGCGAUGGGUGUAAAUAGUUGGGUGCUGUUAUGUCGAUCGUUAAUUUCGUAAUUACGUGUAAUGUAUGCAUUUCAAAUCAUGACAAGUGAAGUGUUUGUGAAAAUAUUUUAUUGUAAGAAAAAUGUCAUAACAAAUCCUA